CCCCCCCCACCCCCCCCGCCGCCGCCCUAUAUGUGGCCCGUCGCGGCCGCCGGGCCAUGGAGCACACCUGCCGGCCCCCAGGAUGGAGCUGGCCGAGUGGUUCCUGCUGGAUGCGCUCGCCUACCUGGAGUGCGUCCUGGGCUUCCUGUGCUAUGUGGUGCUGAGGCUGGUGGGCUCGCCCUAUGGGCGCUACGCGUCGCAGCGCGCCGGCUUUCUGCUGCCGGCGCGGGCCGCCUGGGCGGUGCAGGAGCUGCCUUCGCUGGCCCUGCCGCUCCUCCUGUGCGCGGGCGCCAGCGCGCCGGCCGAGCGCCUCGACCGCUGGCCCAACUGCAUCCUCCUGACCAUGUUCCUCCUCCACUACGCGCAGAGGGCCUUGAUUUUCCCGUUUCUGAUCCGAGGAGGAAAGCCCAUGCCGUUCUGCGUCUUUCUACUGGCAUUCCUGUUCUGCACCUGUAACGGCUACUUGCAGAGCAGAUACUUGAGCCAGUAUGCAGUAUAUGCGGACGACUGGCUCACUGACCCCCGUUUUCUAACAGGUUUUGUCUUGUGGCUGAUAGGCAUGGUGAUCAACAUACACUCGGACCACGUCCUAAGGAACCUCAGGAAACCAGGGGAGACCGGGUAUAAAAUACCAAGGGGCGGCUUGUUUGAAUACAUCACUGCAGCCAACUACUUUGGAGAAGUCGUUGAGUGGUGCGGCUACGCCCUCGCCAGCUGGUCCAUCCAAGGCUGGGCCUUCGCCAUCUUCACCUUCUGUAUCCUGUUCACCAGGGCUCAGCAGCAUCACCAGUGGUACCAUGAGAAAUUUGAAGACUAUCCAAAAUUCAGAAAAAUUAUGAUUCCAUUUUUGUUUUAAGUUUGUCGUCAUGGGGUUAUCUUCGACUUGAAGCUUUCUGAUCAUAUUUCCCUUGGGAUGAUA